AUGAGGGUAGCGCGUACCGUGCGUGCAUAUAGAGGAGCAGAAGUGUGGGGUACGUGUUCACAAAUAAAGGCAUCGUACACAAUCGUCAGCUGUUUUAAUUACCGAAGACUCGAUCCAGACAGGGGAGAGGGAUCACUAGCAGACACUUGCACGUCUCAGAUGGCGAUGCAUCGAGACAUGUUAAUCCUUCCACCAGCUGUUUCGAAGACUUACCGAUUGCUUUGUCGUAAUAACAAUGCACCGUAUAUGAUUGUACAAGCAAGCUACAAUAAGUCCUCUUGCAUCGAGACAGAUAUCAAAAUAAAGUGCGCCUUGAACCGAAGCAUUCGGCACGUAUCUUGGUACCAUGUUGGCAUAUUGCUUCGUAAUAGCUCGUCGCGCCGUUGCAGAUUUGAGCAGACACUUACGGCUUUA